AUGGAGGACCCUUUCACAGACUCUCUACCCUCUACUCCCUCCAUGGAGGUUCCUGUGCUUACAGUCUCCCCCGCCGACACGUCUCUUCAAUCGGAGGAUGUUGAAGAUGUCGAGGUUGAGACGAAAACCGAGAAGAAGCCAGUGAAGAAGAGAAAGUCCUGGGGCCAGGAAUUACCAGUACCCAAGACAAAUCUUCCUCCACGGAAACGCGCCAAGACAGACGAUGAGAAAGAACAGCGCCGUAUUGAGCGAGUUCUUCGUAAUCGUGCAGCCGCGCAGACCUCGCGCGAGCGUAAGAGAUUAGAGAUGGAGAAGCUGGAAAACGAAAAGAUUCAAAUGGAACAACAGAACCAAUUUCUCGUCCAGCGACUCGCUCAGAUGGAAGCCGAGAACAAUCGUCUGAGCCAGCAAGUCGCCCAACUAUCAGCAGAGGUCCGGGGCUCCCGUCACAGUACCCCAAGGCCUUCUUCCCCCGCCUCUGUAUCACCUACUCUCACACCCACUCUCUUCAAACAAGAGGGUGAGGAAAUCUCCCUUGACCGAAUCCCAUUCCCGACUCCUUCCGUUACCGAUUACUCUCCUACUCUGAAGCCUUCCUCUCUGGCUGAGUCCUCCGACUUGACACAACAUCCUGCAGCGGUGUUGUGUGACCUGCAGUGUCAGUCGGCGGACUCGAAGGAGAUGGAAGUGCCCUCUCGCUUUUUGACCUCGGCAACACCAUCAUCAAGCAUGAGUCUACAAAUGACCUUGCAGCUCCUCUUUCUGACGAUGACUUCCGCCGCCUAUUCGACAGUGAUUCAUCCCUUGACCCAGAUUCUUCAAUCCUUGAAGACGGGUUCGCCUUUGGCGUUCUCGACGGAGGAGAUUUAUCGGCAUUCUCAUUUGAUUCUAUGGUUGAUUUUGACACCGAGCCUGUCACCCUCGAAGACCUCGAGCAACCCCACGGCCUUCCGGAUCAGACUUCUUGCAAGAUUGCUAGCUUGCAACCCAGCCAUGGCGCGUCCACUUCGCGAUGCGACGGGCAGGGCAUUGCAGCUGGCAGUUCGUGAGAGGUUCUCUCGGGAAUCAAGUUCGGUCGCCGUUGUUUCAGAGGGUCGAUGGAGCUGGGAAUCCUUAUUGACCAUGGCAUCAGCGAUAAAUCUGCUUGAGAAGCCAGAACGAAGGAGAAGGAUCUUGAGUGGUUUAAAGUCAUUGCAAAGCAGUCGGCGCAGCGUUUCAGGGAAGCCUGAUAAGAUCAUGCGGAGUUCACGGAGUUCAACCAAACCAAAGGAGGCGUUGACGUCUCGGCUGAUGGGAAAGGGCUUUCAAUAA